CGUUUCACUCUGACUCAUUUACGUAACCGGAACAAAUAACGCGGCAUGAUAGCGCCGCAGAAAUGAAUGGGUGCAGAAAUUAAGUAUGUUGACGUUGUUGUACUCGUAAGUUCGUCAUGUUUAACGUUGAUUAACGCAUGUAAAAAAAAAAAAAAAAAAAGAGACGGACUCAUCAAUGGAGUGUGACAUUUUGGACUCGUUAGAGCAUCUUGGCUAUGACGGCCCUCUGCUGGAGGAGAAGGCUCUGCUCGGAGCCGCAGAGGGAGGCUUGUCCUCUCCUGAGUAUGUGGACCUGUGCAGUUGGCUGGCAUCCAGGUUAAAGCCGCUGUGCGAUCUGGAGGAGAGCAUCACUUCCGGUCCAGACGACAGGGGCAGCCUUCAGGUGGAGAUGAGUGGUUUGCUGAAGGAGCUGCACUGUCCUUAUAAAGAAGUAAUCUCAGGGAUUCUCAAGGGCAGUGUGCGAAGUUCAAAAGAUCAUCUUAAAUUUGUCUUGUUUUUAAGCUCUGAGCUCCAGGCUGCUCAGAUUGUGAGGAGCAGACAAGCCUCUGAACAACAAGAAGAUAGUCCGGUGUGUCAGGAGCUCCUGGCAAUCUGUGAAACACUGAAUCUGCCAGAGCCCAAAGGACAGGACGCAGCAGGUGUUAUGUCUCAAGUCCAAGACAAGGUUGAUAAAGUACUUAAAGAUCUUCCAAAUGGCUCCAUGAAAAACCCAGUGUUAAAUAAGCCUCUGUCCAGUGAACAAUGGGAGAAGUUGUACAACAUAAACAAGGUUCUGUCUUCAGAGUAUGAGUGUCGGCGCAGGAUGCUGAUUAAACGGCUGGACGUCACAGUUCAGUCAUUUGGGUGGUCAGACAGAGCCAAGGUGAAGUUGGACAGCAUGGCGAGGGCCUACCAGCCUAAGAGACACUCUCUGAGGCCACAGUCCACAGUGGACAUGGCCGAGCUGCUGGCUGCCAGAGAAGACAUCUGCAAUGUGGUGAAGACCAGCAGCGGCUCCAGUAGGGAGAACACUGCUUGUGCUGUCAACAAGAUCCUGAUGGGGAGAGUCCCGGACAGAGGAGGACGCCCCUCAGAGAUACAAGCCCCAAGUCCUGAGAUGCCGCCCUGGCAAAAAAGACAAGAUGGCGGCGGAGGUGGUGGUGGCUGGGGAGGCCGAGGUGGCGGUGGUGGAAGAGGAGGAGGUUGGAGAGGAGGUGGAUGGAACCAAGGAGGACAUGGUGGACAUGGAAGCUAUGGAGGACAGGGUGGGCACGGAGGAAAGAGAGGACGCUACCAGUAUUAAUUUCUACUUAUAUUCGCUUGUUGUGAUCCAGAUAUGGUUUUUCACAUGAACUCACUUCUGUUUUUAAUGAGGAAGAAAACACUUGGAUCUGAUGGCAGUGAAAAAUCUUCAUGUAGAUGAUUUAUAAUGCUUCAAAUUAUACUAUUAGUGUUGAAUUUAGAAAAAUAUCAUUGUUUUUAAAGUGAAAACACCAGUAUUCCUGUAACAUCUGCGCCGGGACAUAUUAUAGCUGUGUCCCAAAUCCAGACUGCGUGUGUUUUCUAAGGAAGAUUUUGGUAUGUUUUAUGUGUUGUAAGUUUAUUUAACUUCACAAAAAAACCUUGAUUUUUGAGUGUGCUGUUGAUUCACCAUAUUCUCCCACAAUGCAAUGCACAACAGAAAUGGAGGAGCUUGAAAAAUUAUAUUAACUAAUAGUAGAUGGUAGUCAAAUAUCUCCAGAACUACAAACUAAAAAAAAAAUUUUUAACCAUUAAAAUGUGUAAUGUUUCUUUUAUACCAACAGAUACUGCAAAUAAACAAACAAAGAUGAUACUAUAAA